AUGGCUACUAAGCGUAUGCCCUCCGUACUGUGGACGAAUGGUGGUCUGCAGCUCAUCGACCAGCGUAAAUUACCCACAGAGCUCGUUCUUAUGCGCUGCGAAACGGUAGCAGAUGUCACACAUGCCAUCAAAGACAUGGUAGUACGUGGUGCUCCAGCUAUUGGUGCAGCUGGUGCGUUUGGCCUUGCGAUCGCUGCCAAGAAUUUCCCAGCUAUCGAACACUCAACCAAGGAAGAGUUGAUGAAAGUCGUUGAACAAGCUAAGACAAUGAUCGAUGCCGCACGACCUACAGCUGUUAAUUUAAUGUGGGCGACAGAAUGCGUGGUUAAGAAGCUACGUGACAGAAUGCACACUGAAGGGAGCGUCGCCGACUUGAUAGAGUAUACACUUCUAGUAGCACAAGCACUGGCUGAGGAGGAUGUGGCUAUUAAUAAGAGACUAAGUGAGUUUGGAGCAGCUAUUGUACCAACUGGAGCAAAUAUCCUUCAUCAUUGCAACACCGGCGCCUUGGCAACAGUAGACAUUGGUACAGCUAUCGGUGUUAUCUACGAGUGUCAUGCACAAGGCAAAAAUGUUCACGUUUGGGUAGAUGAAACUCGUCCACGUUUACAAGGUGCACGACUAUCUGCUUGGGAGCUUAUGCGUGAAGGUGUGCCAAUGCAUCUCAUUGCUGAUAACGCUGCAGGUUAUCUUAUGCUGACUGGAAAGGUUGAUGUGGUGCUGUUUGGUGCUGAUCGAGUCGCAGCCAAUGGAGACGUUGUGAACAAGAUUGGCACAUACAAACUAGCAGUAGUUGCUCACGAGAAUAAAAUUCCGGUAUAUGCAUGUGUACCCACGAGCACUAUUGACCUCUCCUUCGUAGAUGGUAAGGACAUUCCUAUUGAAGAGCGCAGUGCCGACGAAGUUGCUUGCAUUCGUGGUGUGCGUAUUGCACCUGAGGGCUGUCCCGUGUUCAAUCCAGCAUUUGAUAUCACGCCUCAUCGCUACCUUACCGGAAUUAUCACGGAGGAAGGUGUGUGCUCUCCGCCAUUUGACCAAAGUCUUGCAAAAGCUGUAGCUGCGGCAAAGCAACGUCGAGCUCGAAGCGAAAAAUUGUAA